CGUAUCACUGCCUUGUCUGCACCACACCACACCACAAUCCACAGCAGCUAAUCUGUGUAAGUUGGCCCACCGCUACUGUGCGCUUUCCCUUCAUUCUUGAAUCGCCAUCUCGAGUGUACUCGUGCCUCGCCUCUUCGCGUGACCCCUCCUGUCUUUUCUCUCUCGCAAGUGUUGUCGGAGUGGCCGUGGCGAUGGCUGCGGACAGUGCGGCGGUGCAGGCGGUGAAGGGGCUGGACAUAGCGAAGAUGGCGGGCAAGUGGUACACCAUCGCCAGCAUUCCGCCCAAGGGUCAGCCGACGGAUAGCAGCGGCAACACGACGACGUACACGGUGAACAAGGACGGCACGAGCCUCAAGGUGGUCAACGAGGCCAUCAUGGCCAACGGCAAACACGGCAAAGUGGAGGGUAAGCUGGCGCGGGCGAAUAACGCCGGCGACGAGGCGCGGUUUGGGCAGACGUUGUGGGUGCCGCCGUUUGCGCCGAUCAUUCCGGUGCACACGGACAUCUGGGUGAUGGCGGCGGAAGGUGACAACCCCCAGUACAUGCUGCACGGCCACCCCGCACGCCAGGCGCUCUGGAUACACAGCAGAACGCCGGAAUUGCCGAAGGAGAUUGUUGAUAAGCUGCUGCAGAUGGCUGCUGACCAAGGAUUCGACUUGAGCAAACUCAUUUACUACAAGCAGACUGCUCCAGAAACUUCAACUUGAGAACACGUGCUCGAUUAUGGACUGCCAUGCAGGCAGUCGGGAUUGCACAAACAUUUUCUUUGCUGGAGAAUGUUUGCAUACAAUAAUAUGAUUCACUAUUGGAUUGCAAAAUUGUUUAGGGCAACGUUGGUUGGGAAUCCAAACGUUGGAUGUUACAUGAAUGUAGUAUGAAAACAAUAAGCACUUCAUGAUAGG